AUGUCGCUGGCAACGGCGGCUCCGGCGGGGUCACCCCAGCCUCGGCCCCGCCCACUACAGAGAGGCGGCUACGGCGCUGCAGCGCGUCGCGCCUCACGCGGCGGGCGGACUCAAGCCCCGCCUCCCAGAGGCUCCGCCCCUGCGCCGGCGGUUGCUAGGCGGCCGGAAAGCGCCAGCUCAGUGUGGGCGGCACACUGGGGCGCGAGAAGGGAGGCGCCGGGCGCCGCGCGGCUCUGGGAAUCGGCUUUCGCUGCGGUGAUUGGGCGCCCGGCGGCGUGGGCUGGGAAUUCUGUGCGCGGAGGUUGCCGGGCGGGGGCGCUCGGAGGGCCUCCGGCGUCUUCGAAAGCCCGGCAGGCCGAAACCGCUGACCUCGGGGGCCUGGAUUUACCUCACAAAAGAACUCGUGAAGAUAUUUCAGCUCUAACGAUACAGAGAGCAUGGGUGUCUCAUCUGAACAAAACAACAUUUCGACUCCUAAAGCAAACAAUUUGUGCAGCAGAACAUUGUGUGACACAUGAAAUAGUGAAGAAAGUGAGCCCCUUAGAGGCUGAUCUUGUUAAAGAUCCAAGCAUGAAGUGUAAAGUUAAAUUCAGAUUUGGUGGCGAAACAUUUCCACCUUUCAUCGUGUUUAAAAUUUUUCUUCAUACUGAAGGCCGUGGUUACAAGUAUUUCAGCGGAAAAAAUAUGUUAAAGCCAUCAAGUAAGGCAGCAGUUGAUGCUUACACAAUAAUGGGGAGAAAGAAAUUUCAUGAUCAAAUUAUGGAAGAUGAACAUCUUUUCCGAAAGUUCAAAAUAACUGAUGAAUUAGAUAUUGUCACCCGGAAAGAUUACAUACAAUAUUCCAAACUUCUGGAUGAGACCCCUGCAUCUUCUGGUGGCAGAAAUAACUGUUGGAGAAUAUUAGACCUCAAAAACAUUCCCGCGACAAUGAUAAUGUAUGACAUAGUUGACUACGCAGAGUCUGGAGUAAUUUCAAACCGUCUGCAAAAAGAAAUGAAAUAUCUAUCACAGAGACCAAGAACAGAAGAGAUGCGUCAGGACCAGCUACGGAUUGUUUCUGAAGUUAGGCAUUCUUCAUCCCCAUCAAUUUGUCAACCUUUACAUCGACCUUACCAACAGCAAACUCAAAUUAAACAUCUGGGUCGUCGAUCUAAGCAAGCUCAAAUGAAAGUUGAAAAAAUGAGAAAAGCUUAUAAGAUGGCUAAAGAAAUAAACGCUUCUGUGGGAACUGAACCGCAGGAACAACAGGUACAAAGGAACAACAGAUGACUGUCUUCUCCACCCCCUCUUUUGACAUUGUGAAAAUUAAUGAACUCAAGUCAGAUGACAAAUUGGAAAAAAAGGAAAAGGGAUUAUUUGCCUGGUGUCAAGACUUGUAUAUUCAUCAUUUUCCAUCAUGUUAAUGCACAGCUAAUUGAC